AUGCAAGGCUGCAGUUUUGAAGUGAUUGCUUUUUCUCAGAGGAAUUUAUUUUCAGAAUCGAUAGUAAAUCCAUUUUCAUUCCCAAUAGCAAGGAAAAGGAAUAUUCCUCUUACUUUGAUUGUGUCUAUGAUGAGGAGUGGAUCCACCUUCACAGGUGACGUGUUUCGAUCCCAUCCCAACUCCUUCUAUCUGUUUGAACCGAUGCAGUAUCUAUCACAGAAUGUUGGAAAAAACGAAAUUGUUUUUGUGAAUGGCACUGUAAGGUCCUAUAAUGAAAGCCAGUUGCACGACAUCCAUGCUGAAAUGAUCAUCAAUCUUCUUCUGUGCCGCUUUGAAGAUGUUCCUUUCCAGCUCUUUAAGACUAGUCACUUCCUUUACCAUAACCGCCUCAAGCAGCAUUACAGUUGUGCACAACGUAUUAAAGAUAGCGUUACUGCCAUGAGGAAAAAGUGUAUUCCAAAUCUCACCAGGAGGUGUAAAAAAGCCAAUUCAUUCACUAUGAAGUUGAUAACAGUGAGAAUGAAGGCCAUCUCAAAGGUAAUGCAGCUUCUUCCAGAGGUCCAUGUCAUUCAGUUGGUAAGAGAUCCUAGGCCAGUCUUGCUUUCUCAAAUUAAUGUUGGCCAAAUUGAUAACACGAACAUUGAAAAUGAAAGUAGCUCCCAUUGCGAGAUCCUUAAAAAUGAUAUAAAGGAGACUGAAUCGGAUAUUUAUAGGAACAAUUUUCACCGACAGAGGUAUGAGGAUCUUGCACACGAUCCCAUUGGACAAUUUCAGGGUUUGUUUGAGUUUUCUGGAUUAGAAUUCAAUGACGCAGUACAGUCCAGAAUUCGAAAAAUAGCAAUGAGGACAGGAAAGGUGAAAAAAUGUCAGUAUUGUUCGGAUAAAGGUAACGCAAUGGAGGCUUCUGUUCAAUGGAGAAUUUCAGCAAACUAUUCUAUUGUUCAUGCAAUCCAAGAACAGUGCUUAAGUAUUAUAGAUAGACUGGGAUACCUCUCGGUGAAUUCUGCAACGGACCUGCAUGACAAGAAGACUUCACUAACGAAAUGGUAG